AUGUUUAUCCUCAGCUUUAUUUCAAACCAUUUGGAUCUUCUCGCGGGACUUCUCGUCCUGUCUCUCCUGGCCAAGUUGGUCUACAACAGAUACGGCCAUGGCAUCUCCCACGUCCCUGGUCCUUUCUUGGCCUCUCUCAGCGACUUGUGGAGAUUGUAUGUUGUAUGGGGCCGGCGGCCAGACAUAGACCACGUCAAGCUACACGAGCGAUAUGGCAAACUCGUGAGACUCGGACCCAACGUGAUAUCCAUCUCCGAUCCCAGCGCCAUCCGUCAGAUCUACGGCCUAGCAGCCGGCUUCAAAAAGUCCGACUUUUACACCGUCCAGCAGACACUCGCCAAGGGACGGCCUUUGUUCACACUCUUCACAUCAACCGACACGAGAUUCCACGCCAAGCUUAGGAGAUCUGUUAGCAGUGCUUAUGCCAUGAGCACGCUGGUGCAGUUCGAACCAUACGUGGACUCGACGACGGUAGAGCUUAUUCGACAGAUUGACGAGAGGUUUAAAGACAAGCAGGAGCCUUGCGAUUUUGGCAAGUGGUUGCAGUUUUAUGCGUUUGACGUCAUUGGUGAACUCACAUAUUCAAAGAGGUUGGGGUUUGUUGACCGUGGUGUUGAUGUUGAUGGAAUCAUAUCUAGCAUCGAGUGGAUGCUUGAUUACGCCAGUAUUGUUGGCCAGAUGCCCAUCAUCGACAGCUUCCUGCUCAAAAACCCAAUUCGGCUGUUCCUAUCCCGGCUGGGACUGAUCGGUUCGACAACCCCCAUGGUGACAUUCGCCCGCCAGAGAUUCUCUGAACGAGUCGAUCUCGCAACAGGUCAAGAAAAGCCAUCUUCAAGAAUGGACGCCUCGUCGGCCAGACGCGACUUUCUUUCUCGGUUUCUCGAGGCACACAAGAAGGAUCCCGACUUUGUCACGAGUGAACGCGUCCUCGCACUGACUGUUGCCAAUAUCUUUGCCGGCUCCGACACAACAGCAAUCUCUUUGCGGUCGGUGUUUUACUUCCUUUUGAAGAAUCCAGACGAACUAGAAAGGCUCAUGGCAGAGUUGGAUGAGCAAAAGAGGACUGGACAGUUCAAACGGACAGAUGGGCUAGUCGACUGGGAAGAAGCUCGGGAUCUGCCUGUCCUCGGUGCCGUGAUAAAAGAAGCAUUGCGAAUCCACCCGGCGGCCGGCCUAACCCUCGAAAGAAUCACACCUGCACAAGGAGUCAAGAUCUCGGACAAGUUCAUCCCCGGAGGCACCAUCAUUGGCUGCAACGCAUGGACGAUCCAUCGCGACGCCUCGAUAUUCGGAUCAGACCCCGACAGUUUCCGACCUCUCCGAUGGCUCGAGGCGUCCUCGGAUCAGCGCCGUCUGAUGGAUAAUUGCCUCUUUAGCUUUGGGGCGGGAUCGAGGACUUGUAUCGGCAAGAACAUUAGUUUGUUGGAGAUGUACAAGUUGAUACCUGCUCUGCUGAUGCGGUAUGAGUUGGAGUUUCCAAGCGCAGACUCAGACUGGAAGCUACAUAAUGCGUGGUUUGUUAAGCAGAGCAACUUUUACGUCAAGUUUAAGAGUCGAGGCUAUAGUGUUUAG